AUGGAAGCGCUUGAACCUAAAGCUACUCAGGAAGCUAUAAAUGCUUAUAGAAAGUAUAUGGACAAUGUUGAUAUUGUACAGUGUAUUGUACUUGCAUCGUUGACACCUGAUCUGCAAGAGCAACAUGAGAAUUUCUCCAUCAUCACACAUCUCAAAGAGCUAUUUCAGAAGCGUGGUAGGUAUGAAUGUUAUGACAUUUCAAAGGCUUUAUAUAGAUGCCAAAUGACUAAGGGAACCCUAGUAGGCCAACAUGUAGUCAAGAUGAUUGGCUAUAUACAUAAGCUUGAAAUACUGGGAUUUGGUAUGGAGGCUAAACUAUCAAUAGAUCUUGUUCUACAAUCCUUGCCGAAUUCUUUCUCCCAAUUCAUAAUGAACUUCAAUAUGAAUUCUAUAGAGAAGUCUCUCUCAGAGCUCUUGAAUAUGCUGAAGACAGUAGAGAAGGACAUGAAGAAGUCCAAGUUAGUGAUGCUAGUUGAUACUACACCAUGGAAAGGAAAAGGGAAGCAAGGCAAAGGAAAUGCCAAGGGCAAACCCAAAGCUCAACCUCAAGAUGUCCUUAAACCUAUUGGAGGCAUUAGCAAAGAUGGAAAGGAUAUGGUUCUCAUAUUUGCACUUUUAUGUAGGGACUACGACGGAGUAGACUACUCAGUCGAGGAAAGGUGGACCUACAAGUUGGGAAUGGAGCACGUGUUGCUACAUUCGCCGUAA